GCUAAGGGGCCACUCUUGACGUUAUUACUGAUUAAAACAACAAUUUGUGUGAAAUCAUAACUAUAUUUAAAUAAAAUCUGCUAACACUGAAACUAUCCGUUUGAUCAGGAAAUAGCAGGCAACUGGAAUAGCAAAUUAAAGCAACGACCACAUUUUAAAAGAAACUAAUUUUACCCGUCUCCCACGUCUCCUUAACCAGUUUCGUCACCCCUCCAUUUGCAUCUGAGUGGCUUCUUACCUUCAACACACCUUGUAAUCAAAUUGUGUCCACUCCCUAUAUAAAUAUAAAGAUGUCCAACCCAUUUGUCUCUGACGAAUUGGUCCAGUUACAGAAGGAAAUCACCGCCAAAAACCCUGUGGAUGUGUUACAAUUCUGUGCUAACUACUUCAACACCAAGUUAGAACUUCAACGUGCUCAAUUAUGGCAACAACAGAACAAGGCCAGAGCUGCUGGAAUUGUUCUUUUCCCUAAGACUGACAAUGUUACCGUGAACUCGAGCGGGAAUGGUUCAGCCGCUGCUAACGGUAGACAACCCAGCUUCAAAUCACCAUUUGGUGACAAUGACCCUCAUCUGAUCCAACAUAGACACGACGAUCAUGAUGAUUACUUGGAUGGUCCUGGAGCUCCUGGCUCUGCCCCUCUCAGUGGAGCUCCUAGUUCUGGUUCUGGUCCUGGCUCUGCCGCACCAGCCUUUGGUGGUUUCAAAGGUGGAUUUGGUGGUAUUUCCCACGGUUCUCCAUCAGGAAAUGCUCGUGAGAUUGACCCUAGUGAUCCAGCUUCUGCUCCAUCUGGUCCAACAUCAACCCCACCUAACACCUCCUCAUCGGGCGGUCCAACUUCAGGAACCACCUCUUCCUCAUCUUCUUCUAAAACAAAAAUCCCUAUUGCCUUUAACGCAAACAGAAGAACCUCAGUCUCUGCUGAAGCUUUGAACCCUGACAAAUUCAAGGAUGAAUCUUGGAAACCACCUAUCAACGACUUGUCGGCAGACCAAAAACUCGCCCUCAACAGAACUUUGGCUCAAAACUUUUUAUUCAAGCAAUUGGAUGAUAACUCAAAGAAGACUGUCAUCCAUGCCUUAUCCGAGAAAACUUUCCCUCAAGGUGCAGAAAUAAUUAAACAAGGUGACGAAGGUGAUUAUUUCUACAUUAUCGAAGUUGGUACCGUAGAUUUCUACGUUAAUGGUUCCAAGGUCAGUUCUAGUGGUCCAGGUUCUUCAUUUGGUGAGUUAGCCUUGAUGUACAACUCUCCACGUGCCGCCACUGCCAUUGCCAGUUCCGACUCAGGAGUUACUUGUUGGGCCUUAGACAGAUCUACUUUUAGAAGAAUCUUAUUACAAGGUACAUUCAAUAGAAGAUUAAUGUACGAAGACUUCUUGAAAGAAGUUAAGGUUUUGUCAAGCUUGACCCAUUAUGAAAGAUCAAAGUUGGCUGACGCCUUGAGCACUGAAAUUUACCACAAGGGUGACAAGAUUGUUGUCGAAGGAGAAAAGGGAGAAAACUUUUACUUUAUCGAAAGUGGUACCUGUCAAGUGCUAAAGGCUAACGAAGGUGUCAUAACGAAGUUGAGCAAGGGUGACUAUUUUGGUGAAGUUGCCUUGUUGAACGAUUUGCCUAGACAGGCCACUGUGGAGGCAUUGGACCAAGUCAUGGUUGCCACAUUGGACAAGUCAGGAUUCACCCGUUUGUUGGGUCCUGCUGUUGAGGUCUUGAAGAGCCAAGAUCCAACCGUGAACUAGUAUACCUUUCAUAUGACCGGACUAUAGACUAGUUAAUUUUUUUUCUUCUAAGUAGAAAGAUCUACAAUAUACGAUUUUAAAGAAUUAAACCCGUA